CGUAGUGAAGCAGAAAGUAUUAACCUAUUAAAAUGUAAAACUUCAGAAUCUAAUUAUGAAAAUAAUAAAAUUUCAAAGCAAAAGCAUAUACAUGUAUCAAAUCGUGAAGAUGAUCGUAAAGAUGAUCGUGAAGGUGAUUAUGAAGGUGAUCGUGAAAAUGGUGAAAAUGAAGAUGAUCGUGAAGAUGGUGAAGAUGGUGAAGAUGAUAGUAAAAAUAAUUGUAAAAAUGAUUGUAAAAGUUCAUCAGAUUUUAUUCCUAGUUGUAUAUUAUCUCCAAAUUUAAAAA